AUGAACAGGAUCUUCCCCCAGCGAGAUGUCAAUGGCAACGUUGUUACCGAAACCAAAGCUAUCCCUGGAGGGAAAGCAGGGCUUUCGCCCCUCUGCUGCUCUCGCCGUGGCGCCUGCCUCUCAGCCUGCAUUCUGCUCCUGCUGGCAGCUCUUGCGGCCCUCCUCACCCUGGUAGCCAUCUUCGGACUCCCGUCACGCAGACCAGGAGCCCAGGCCUGUGUGACACCUACUAACAGGACAGGCUUCCUGUGCCGUGACCGGAGGACCUGCAUCCCGGCCAGCAGGGUGUGUGACGGCGUCCGCACCUGUGUCUUCGGUGAAGAUGAGGAUGAAAACCUGUGUCGAAAGGUGCCCGAGAGCCUUCCCAUCUUCCUCGUGGCCCACUGUGGAAACCCUACCUCCUGGAUUUACUCAGACCAGAGGUGUGAUGGGAUCAACAACUGUGGGGACUGCUCAGAUGAGCUGAGCCCAGUGACCGUAUGCCCAUCUUGUGAUCCUGGGUGGUGGCGAUGCACUCCAACUGUCUUCAUGUAUUGCGACUGCAUCCCUCGAAGUCUCUGCCGGGACGGCGUGCAGCACUGCUCUGACUGGUCCGAUGAGAACUCCUGCCCUGGACCCUGA